AUACAUCCUUUCAUGGCACUGGAAGAGUUCCCCCAUGACGAGGGCCAAGACAGAAUCUGCACCACUCAGUCCUACCAUCCCCACCCCCACAUCACCUCCACCCAGGGUCCUCAUGGCAUGGUCAGGGUCCCAGCUGUGGGUGAGAAGCAGGGCACUGUCCAGCUGUCCUUCGCCGGGAAGUCAGAUGUUCUAAGGCCCAGGCCAGGGCAUCUGGAGUCUGAAGGACCCCAAUUCCUACAGGCAUCUGGCAGCAAGAAGGCGAGGUUCAUGAUAGAGGAAGUCGGCGCCUCAGCCUCCAGACAAGGCGUCCCUCCUCUGGCCCCUCGGAAGCGGGGAGAAAGCUCACAAGGAGACGCUGGCCCCAGGGCGUGGCCCUGCCCACCUUCGGAGAAGUGGGAUGAGACAGUAGAGGAGAAGGCACCCCAAACCGUACUGCUCAGGCUGCCGGUGCUGCAGCGGGGAGGGGCAGUGAGAACACGGGGGUCUCUUUCAGUCGGCUCUGGGAGCGCACCCCGGGUGGUGAGACCCUCGCCAGCCUGAGAGCCCCUUGGCUUGGGGCUCAAGGGCAACAAACAGCUCCCUGUGUCCCUGAGACCUGUUCACUGAUACUGGGUGGAGACCUCCAAAGCCUAAUGCUGGAAAUGGUAUUGCCGUUUUGUGAGUGGCUGUGAUCUUGGGGCCAUGGCCAGCACCUUUCAUUUACUGCAAUGUGACCUUGUCUAGAGACUUAAACUGUGGGAGCCUCGAUCUCUUUGCCUGGCAAAUAAUCAUUCCUAUAUCACCUUAUACUAAA